UAGGUAUCGAAGGCCGCACGUGGGUUAGGUACCUACCACGCACCCUAGGGAUCUAAUUUACAGUAUAUUAGUAGGUAGGUAGGUACCUAACCCACCUCCUUUAGGGAGAAUGCUGAACCCACCUCUCUUUUCCGUCACCAACCCUAGGUAGGUAUUGGCUCACUGCGUAUAUAGUAUAUAGCAGCUACUAGCCUGUAUUCACAUAGCAGAAUACACCACGUCUGCUCCUGUCACUGCCGCUUGCCAUAGCGUACCCACCUAUACCCUCUUCCAUCUUCGUUCGCGCGCGCCGCGAGAGGACCGCCCGACACGAUGGCCGCCGCAAAGCAGGACCCUCUCCAGAUCCUGGACCAGAUGUUCAACGAGAUCCUGAUUCAAACCGGGAAGCACCUCAAAGCAAAUCUGAAAGACGGCUCCAAGGGCAUCGGUGGCGCCAGCAACGCUAUGCGCGCCCAAACGUCGAGCUCGCUGUCGGCUUACCACUAUGCCCUAGACGACCUCGAGAGCGAGAUAACGCGAGCAAAAGCCGUCUUCCUGCGGGACCUGGAGAAGCUGCGCGCCGCGCGGGCCCCUCCCGCUCCCGCUCCCGCUCCCGCGCCAGCGCCCAUCCCGCAGCCUGUGGCCCCGCCGGCGCCGAUGAUGGAGCUGCCGUCGUCGGCCGCGCACACGGUGAGCGCGCCGGCGUUCGCGCGGCGGCCCGAGAGCAAGCCCGCCGCGCCGUUCCCGGACAUGGGCACGGGGAUGGGGAUGGGGAUGGGGAUGGGGGCCGGCGGCGGAGCGAGCGACGUCGUCGACCUGACGGGCGGCGACAAGAAGACGUCGCCGCGCGCGCCCGCGAGCGCCGCUGCGCGGCCGCCCGCGCGGCCGCCCGCCCCCCCCGCCAAGAGCGAGGUCAAGCCGUCGCCGAAGCCGGCCCCGAAGCCGGCCCCGAAGCCCUCGCAGCCCGCCAAGGUGACGCCCGUGCCGCCGCCGCAGAUCCCGCGCCUCCAGCCCCCGCCCCCGCCCCCGCCGGCUGCCCAGCCGUCGAAAUUUGCCCAGAACGCGCUGCCCGCGCCGCCGCCCCAGGAUCCCGGCCCAAAGACCGCGCCCGGUGGCCUGCCGCCCAGCGCGGGCCCGCUGGGGGCCGCCGCCGCCGACGCCCUGGGCUUCACCGACAUGCAGUUCUCGCUGGCGCCGCCCAGCGGCGAGGCGGCGGGCGCGCCGCCGGCGCCCAUGUCCGAGUUCGGCGCCGCGACGUUCGCCCCGAGCGGCAGGGGCAAGGAGGCGGCCCUCGGCAACCGCGGCAGCGGUCCCGCCGCCAGCGGGGGGCAGAGCGCCCCGGCGGCGGCGCCCCCGCAGCCGCAGCCGCCGAAGGACCAGGCCAAGCCCCACUCGAACAGCAUCGACGACCUGUUCAUCCUCGACGGCGGCGGCGGCGCCGCCGACAACAUAUUCGACCUCGGCGGCGGCGGCGUCAACGACAGCACCUUCGACGACAUGAUGUUCUUCGGCAGCAACGACUCGGACAUGGCGCCGUUCGACGAGCAGUAUUUCUAAAGCACCCUAGGCCGCCCGUACGCGGGAUCGAUUCGCCGCUAGACCGUACGGGAUGGAGAGGGGGAGAGGGGAGAGGGGGGGGGGGACGAGGGCGUGUCCCAGGGUAUAUCGUAUGCCUUGCCUUAGCGAGUUCGACCGGGACUAUCAGCAGUCCGAUCGGGGGUGG